AGCCGCUUAAUUGGUUUGCUCGACGACGCCUUUGCCUCGCAACUCCCAACCUCCCCCCGCUUCCGCUCCCCUGCUCCCUCGUGUGGCGCCGCACAGGAAGGAACCCGGCGGCGGCUAGGGUUCGGAAAUGGCGGCAAGUGGAGCCGGCGGGGAGGGCGAGGAGCUGCGGCUGCUCGCCGCCGUCGAGGCGGGCGACGCCGGCGCGCCCGCGGCGGAGAAGUCGUGGCGCCUCAACUUCGACGGAUUCCGCCCGCCGGAGGCGCACCAGGAGAGGCCCGCCCGAGGGCUCCAUCACCACUGCCUCGGCGUCAUAGGUCAAGCUCCUGAGGAUGUUGUCGCUGAAUACUACCAACAGCAAGUGGAAAUGCUAGAGGGUUUCAAUGAAAUGGAUGCGUUGACAGAUCGUGGUUUUCUUCCUGGAAUGUCCAAGGAAGAGCGUGAACAGGUUGCUAGGAGUGAAACAUUAGCCAUCCGGCUGUCAAACAUUGCAAACAUGGUUCUUUUUGCUGCAAAAGUGUAUGCUUCAGUAUGGAGUGGCUCGCUUGCUAUUAUAGCUUCCACUUUGGAUUCUCUUCUUGACUUGUUAUCAGGGUUCAUCUUAUGGUUUACUGCAUUUUCUAUGCAAACACCAAAUCCCUACAGAUACCCAAUUGGUAAAAAGCGCAUGCAGCCGCUGGGAAUACUUGUCUUUGCCUCAGUCAUGGCAACGCUUGGCCUUCAGAUCAUCUUAGAAUCAACUCGAUCACUGUUGUCUGAUGGAGGUGAAUUCAGCUUGACAAAGGAGCAGGAAAAGUGGGUUGUGGACAUCAUGCUCUCAGUGACGCUGGUGAAACUUGCCCUGGCUUUAUAUUGCCGCACGUUCACCAACGAAAUCGUCAAGGCUUAUGCACAGGAUCACAUUUUCGAUGUUAUCACUAAUAUAAUUGGUCUUGUGGCUGCACUACUCGCAAAUUAUUUCGAAGGAUGGAUCGACCCUGUUGGUGCAAUUAUUCUAGCAAUCUACACCAUCAGGACAUGGUCGAUGACGGUGCUAGAAAACGUCCACUCGCUCGUCGGGCAGUCGGCUUCACCGGAGUACCUUCAGAAGCUGACCUAUCUAUGCUGGAACCACCACAAGGCCGUGAGGCACAUCGACACGGUGCGCGCCUACACGUUCGGCUCGCACUACUUCGUGGAGGUGGACAUCGUGCUGCCGGCGGGCAUGCCGCUGCGGGAGGCGCACGACAUCGGCGAGGCCCUGCAGGAGAAGCUGGAGCGCCUGCCUGAGAUCGAGCGCGCCUUCGUCCACCUCGACUACGAGUUCACCCAUCGGCCCGAGCACGCUCUGUCCCAUGAGAAGUAGCUUCAGGAUCGGCCGGUGGAUGCAGCUCUGUACAGAUUAAUGGCAAUAGUUUCAGAAAUCCGGGUGUUCCUCAAGGCGUCGCAGAAAAACCUGCGGGUGCGGCACGCAAUUGAAAUGUGCAUACUGGAGUGCCGGAUCUGGCGAUGUCGACGUAGAUUGUGUCUUGUAAGUUGCUGUGCUACGUAGGUAGCAUAUAUAUUUUAAUGUCCUAUACCCUGAUCAUGGCCACAUUUUUAUUGCUGGUUCACACAUGGCUAUGAACAAAACUUGCAAACGGUUA